AUGAACCUGCCUGGCGGCAGAGACAACGGGGAAAAUGAAGGCGCAAAUGCCGUUUUCGUGAACAGUGAUGGGUGUUCGCUUGUUUUACUUAUGGAAGAUAAAAGGGCUAGGAAGGACACCCAAAAAAAGGAGUACCUCACGAAGGAUUGCCCCGAUAAAAAGGAGUACACCGCGAUAAGGGAGUACACAGUAGAAAAUUCGUACCCCGAUGAAAACGCGUACACCGGGUGCAAAGCCAACCAAGGGGAGACCCAUAAAAACGACGUAAACGUUGUAGAGGAUGGAAAAUCCAAGAAAAACGAAGAGAGAAUGAUGGCAGGAAUAAUCAAGAUCCUUGAGGAAAUGAAAGAGAGCGAUGAUACAUCUAAUGCUGUAGAUACUGGAUUCAACCAAGGUAGUCAUCAGCAAAGCCCUGACUGCGCUACGCAGGUGCAAAAUGGAGACGAAGUUAACCGAAAUACAUAUCCACGUAAAGACAACACAAAAUUGCAUGUAGGGUUGGAUUACUCCACGUUCUACCUAGACACCCCAUAUAAAAUUGUUAAGUGCCUGAAUAAAGGUAGCCAUUUUCUUUUCUGGGAUAAUGACACACUGUGUGGCCAGAAUGACCAAGUGACAAAAGAGUUUAAAAUGAACGAAAUGAAAAAAAAUAACUGCGAGGAGUUAAGAAGCAGUAGGUUCAUUUUUUUUGAUAGGGAAAAGAAACUACUCGUUCUAAAGUAUAACCUCAGGAGUAACAGUUUUAAUUACGUAAGUGAAAGCGACCCUAUUUAUGUGUACUUUGAUCAAUUACAUGAAAAAAAUUUCUUAGAUGAUAAUAUUAUUAAAGAAAAAAAAAACUCGAUUUUAAUUUACCCCUACACAUAUGUGAAAAUAUGGGAAAGCUUAACUUGUUACAUUAACGAGGAGGUAAUAAAUAAAAUUGAGCCAGUUAAUAAAACCUUUUGCUCCUCCUUCUUGGAAGAAGAAGAAGAAGAAAAAAAAAAAAAAAAAAAAAAAGAGUACGGAUUUGCUUAG